GCCUUCUACUGUUCUACAUAAAAUCGCACAUAAAAGUCCCUCUCAUAAAACCUUUCCAAAGACUUUGGUUCAACUUCAUUUAUAUUUGCUCUCUCUUGACUCACCGCCCCCCAACCUCCUCUCUCUCUCUCUCUCUCUCUCUCUCCCCCCGCAACUGGAGCUUGAUUUCUGUUCUCAAAGAUGUUAUUCUCUCGGAUUUCGAGGAUUCAGAGAACCGGCAUAAAUGGGUGUCGAUGGUUUCUCUUUCACAGACCGGACCACCAUCACCAAUUCUUUCGUUCCGAGAAUCCUCUCCCUCCGACUGAGUCUGCUCAAAAGGUUUUGGGCUGUAGAGAAACUUUUUCCCGGGAUUUGCCUGCCUUGCAUGGUUUCAGCCAUAACAUCCAUCAUCAGAGCAGCUCCAUAGUUGAGGAACAGCAAGACCCGUUUUCACUUGUUGCUGAUGAGUUAUCACUUCUUGCUAAUAGAUUGCGAUCAAUGGUAGUUGCUGAGGUCCCCAAGCUUGCAUCAGCUGCUGAAUACUUCUUCAAAAUGGGGGUGGAAGGGAAGAGGUUUCGACCCACGGUUUUAUUAUUGAUGGCAACAGCUUUGAAUGUGUCUGUACCAGAACCAUAUCUCAGUGGACCCGGAGAUGUUUUGACUAAGGAACUACGUGCCAGACAGCAAUCUAUAGCUGAGAUCACUGAGAUGAUUCAUGUGGCAAGCCUUCUACAUGAUGAUGUCUUGGAUGAUGCAGAUACGAGACGUGGUAUAGGAUCAUUAAAUUUUGUCAUGGGCAAUAAGUUAGCAGUGUUAGCAGGAGAUUUUCUGCUCUCUCGAGCUUGUGUGGCACUUGCCUCAUUGAAAAACACAGAGGUUGUAUCAUUACUGGCAAAAGUUGUAGAGCAUCUUGUGACGGGUGAAACCAUGCAAAUGACUACGACUUCUCAACAAUGUUAUUGCAGCAUGGAAUAUUAUAUGCAGAAAACAUACUACAAGACGACAUCACUAAUUUCCAACAGCUGCAAGGCGAUUGCCCUUCUUGCAGGGCAGACUGCAGAAGUUGCAAUGUUGGCUUAUGAGUAUGGCAGAAAUCUGGGAUUGGCAUUUCAAUUGAUAGAUGACAUUCUUGAUUUCACAGGCACAUCAGCUUCCCUUGGAAAGGGUUCUCUAUCUGAUAUCCGCCAUGUAAUUCAUCUAUCUUGUGAUAUCAUUUUCUUAUAAGUAAUCCAAAACUUUUACUAGAAAAAUGCAAAAGCGUUAAAAUCUAUGGAAACUACCUAAGAAAUAAAGUAUUUAAAAGGAAAGUUUUAAACUCCUCUUAACUUCGACUCGCAAUCCUCAAACUUCUAUCAAUUUAUUUCCAAAUACACCAUACCAUACAGAUAGGGACAUUCGUCCAUAGUAUCACAAUUUGUCAACUGCCAGAUAAUCCUCUCCAUUUGGCAGUCUACUAUUUUUCUGGGCAUAACUCAAGUCAUCCCAACACGACUGAAAAGGUCAUUCCACAACUCAAUGGCAAUCCACAUUGGAGUAUAAUAUCCGUCCCUAUUAAUCAUUUUACUCGUUCCCCUUUAUCCUCUCAGCUCCCUCACCUGUAAAAAGUGUCCAAAUUCAUUGCACAAAUUGAAAUGUGACCUUUCUGAUGCUUAGACCACUCAUUGAUAAUCUCACUUGUUUCUGGAUGAAAAUUGCUUGAAGCAUAUUGUUUCAUGGAAUCCACCUUAACUGUUGGGUGUUUGGCCACAGGUAAAAGUGCCCCGGGCUGCUAGAUAUAUCUAGAAAUAACCCGAGUAUAGGACCUGCUAGAUUUUUUAGCCUUUUCAUUUUGAUGUUUUCUUUAUUCCUUUUAUGGCUGUGGUUGUUUCGUACCUGUUUUACACAAACGUUUUCUAUAUCCAUUUGUUUGUUAAUUCUAUGUAUGAAUUAAAUUUUGGAACUUUCUGAAGCACCUGCGUGCUACAUAUUCAUGAUGAUUUUGGUUGCUGAUGGACUCAGAAGAAAAAGAAAA